CUGAACGAGCGGUACCACCUCAUCUCCGAGGAGAACCGCCAGCUGUACAACACGGUGCAGGACCUGCGGGGCAACAUCCGGGUCUUCUGUCGCGUGCGGCCCCGCGGCGCCACCGGCGACGCCACCGCCUCCAUGGUGGAGCUGGGCGAGGAGGGCGCGCUCAACGUGUUCAGCCAGAAGCACAACAAGUGGCACACCUUCAAGUUUGACAAGGCGUUUGGGGAGGACAGCAGCCAGGACGAUGUCUACCAGGAGACGCAGCCCCUCAUCCGCUCUGUGCUGGACGGCUACAACGUGUGCAUCUUUGCAUACGGCCAGACGGGCAGCGGCAAGACGCACACGAUGAGCGGCACCGACGUUGGGCAGUACGAGGGGCGCGGCAUCAACUACCGCGCCCUGGACGACCUGUUUGAGCUGAACAGGGAGCGGCACGCAGAGGUGGAGUACGCCAUCUCGGUGCAGCUGCUGGAGAUCUACAACGAGUCGAUCCGCGACCUGCUGGUGUCGCCCGCAGAGGCGCGGCAGCAGCGCACGCUGCAGCUUGUCAACACCCAGCGCAGCGGCUCCAACGUGCCAGAGGCCACGCAGGUGCCCGUCACGUGCGCUGAGGAGGUGCUGGAGGUGAUGGAGGUGGGGGCGCGCAACCGCGCGGUGGCUGAGACCAAGAUGAACAACCGCUCCUCGCGCUCGCACCAGGUGCUGACUGUGAUGGUGGAGGGGACCAACAAGAUCACCCACGCCCGCACCCACGGCUGCCUGCACCUCAUCGACCUGGCCGGCAGCGAGCGGGUGGGGCGCAGCGGCGCGGAGGGCCAGCAGCUGCUGGAAGCGCAGCACAUCAACAAGAGCCUCAGCGCGCUGGGCACCGUGAUGCACGCUCUGGCCUCCAAGAGCGCCCACGUCCCCUUCCGCGACUCCAAGCUCACGCAGCUGCUGCAGGACUCGCUGAGCGGGCAGGCAAAGACGAUGAUGUUCAUGCACGUGGCGCCAGAGAUGACGUCUGUGAGCGAGACGCUGUCCACUCUCAACUUUGGAAAGAACGUGACUGAGAUCACGCUGGGCGCCGCCAAGAAGAAUGCGGAGAGCGGGGCGGCCUGGGAGGCCAAGGAGCGAGCCAUGCGCAGCGAGCGGGAG